CAACACCACCUUGCCCACCACCUCGUCCACCGCCCGCCCUCCACACACCGAAUCGACGCUCCUCCCCUGACGGCUGACCGAGACUCCGUCGCGUCGCAGUUCGUUCCUCCGUCACCCCCGCGUCGUCACGCCUGCGACCAUCUUGGAGCAUCACCACCCUCCCACCACAGCCGCAACCCCGGACAACUCCCACCGACCCGACCCGUCCGUCCAUCCUCCCCUAUUCCGAGCUGCCGACACCAUCCUUCGACUUCUUCGUGGUUGCUCCCCCACCGCACUCGAUUGAGCAACCGCAAGUCCGCCCCUCUGGUUCUCCUCUCGCGCUUUCGCGCCACCGUCCACCCCGCCCUCUGUCGUCACAAUGCUGUCCGGAAUCCUCAUCUUCAACCAAAAGGGCGAGAACCUGAUCUUUCGCGCCUUUCGCAACGACUGCCGACCUCGACUCGCCGACGUCUUUCGCAUUCAAGUCAUCUCCAACUCCCAGGUCCGCUCCCCUAUCCUGACCCUCGGCAGCACCACCUUCAGCCAUGUCAAGCACGAGAACAUCUACCUGGUCGCCAUCACCAAGAGCAACGCCAACGCCGCCCUGGUCUUUGAGUUUCUGUACCGUUUGAUUGCCCUGGGGAGGGGCUAUUUUGGCAAGUUUGACGAGGAGGCCGUCAAGAACAACUUUGUGCUUGUGUAUGAGCUGCUCGAUGAAAUCAUUGACUUUGGCUACCCCCAAAACACCGAGACCGACACCCUCAAGAUGUACAUCACCACCGAAGGCGUCAAGUCGGAACGCGCCGCCGAGGACUCGGCCAAGAUCACAAUGCAGGCCACGGGCGCGCUCUCGUGGCGCAAGGCAGAUGUUAGGUACAGGAAGAACGAGGCCUUUGUCGACGUUAUCGAGGACGUCAACCUCCUCAUGUCCGCCACGGGAGCCGUCCUCCGCGCCGACGUCACCGGCCAGAUCGUCAUGCGCGCCUACCUGUCCGGCACCCCCGAGUGCAAGUUCGGCCUCAACGACCGCCUGCUCCUCGACAACGACGGCCUCCUGAGCCUGCCGAGCGGCAACCGGAUGGGCACCAAGGCCACCAAGGCCGCCGCCGGGAGCGUCACCCUCGAGGACUGCCAGUUCCACCAGUGCGUCAAGCUCGGCAAGUUCGACAGCGACCGCAUCAUCUCCUUUGUGCCGCCCGAUGGCGAGUUCGAGCUCAUGCGCUACCGCGCCACCGAGAACGUCAACCUGCCCUUCAAGGUCCACGCUAUCGUCAACGAGGUCGGCCGCACAAAGGUCGAGUACAGCAUCGGCAUCAAGGCCAACUUCGGCUCCAAGCUCUUCGCCACAAACGUCGUCGUCCGCAUCCCCACCCCGCUCAACACGGCCAAGAUCACCGAGCGCUGCACCCAAGGCAAGGCUAAGUACGAGCCCAGCGAGAACAACAUUGUGUGGAAGAUUGGCCGCUUCACCGGCCAGAGCGAGUUCGUCCUGAGCGCCGAGGCCAUCCUGACGAGCAUGACGAACCAGCGCGCCUGGUCCCGCCCGCCCCUGAGCCUCAACUUCAGCCUGCUCAUGUUCACGAGUUCGGGCCUGUUGGUUAGGUACCUCAAGGUGUUUGAGAAGAGCAACUACUCGAGCGUCAAGUGGGUGCGGUACAUGACAAGGGCGGGUUCCUAUGAGAUACGUUUCUAGCAAAGUACCCUGUGGUUUUGAGCUUGUGUGGUGUAUAUAUGUGCAUAGUAUGGCGUCAAAGGGUGUUUGUUCCCAGUACCAAAAAAAAGUCUGGUAGGCUUCAGCACGUUUGUGUCAAAUGUUUAUUGUGGCCUUGUUAUUCAAGUCUCGUUUGGAGAGACGGUAGUAAUACAAAGAAGUCCCAACCACUGGCAGACAGCCAUCCAUAU